AUGGCCGACAAGAUGUCUUAUCUCCUCUUCGGAGACCAGUCACUUGAUACCCAUGGAUUUCUCGCCGAGUUCUGCCGCCAAGGAAAUCCGAGCACCCUUGCGAAGACGUUCCUCGAGCAGGCUGGCCAGGCUUUGAGGGAGGAGAUCGAAAGUUUGGGGAAGUUGGAACGGUCGAAGCUCCCCAUGUUCAUGACCCUCCGCCAGCUGAACGAACGAUACCACGCCCAGAGCAUCAAGCACCCAGGCAUCGACAGCGCUCUGCUUUGCAUUACCCAACUGGCUCACUACAUUGACCGCGCUGAAAAGGAGCCUCAAGAUGCUUGCCUUCAUGACCAUACUUUCUUCAUGGGUCUUUGCACGGGGCUUUUCGCCGCCGCUGCCAUCGCCUCGACCCCCUCAGUCUCUACCUUGAUACCCCUUGCCGUCCAGGUAGUCCUCAUGGCCUUCAGAACUGGCUCCCACGUCGGUUCGUUGGCUGAGAGACUCAGCCCGCCGGUCGGUCAAUCUGAACCCUGGACACAUAUCCUUCCUGGCCUGAAGGAAUCCGAUGCCAAAGAGGCACUCACUAAUUUCCAUGAAUCUAAUUACAUUCCCGUCGCCAGCCAAGCAUACGUUAGCGCUGUGUCGGCAUCAAGUCUGGCGAUCUCCGGACCGCCAGCUACUCUGAAGGCUCUCGAUGACCAGAACGUCUUCGGCGUCAAGUCGACGGCGAUCCCGGUCUACGGUCCCUACCACGCAGCCCAUCUUCACGGCACCGCCGAUGUCGAGAAGAUCCUCCGCCUCAACGACCCCGAGGUCGCUGAGAUCUUGGCCAAGACCAAGCCCCGCUCUGCCAUUAUGUCUGGUACCAAGGGCAUCUGGUUCGCCGAGACCGACACCAAGUCUCUGCUCCAGGCUGUUGCUCAUGAGUGCCUUGUCGACGUCCUUCAGUUCCAGAAGGGCAUCGAGGGCUGCAUCGAGACUGCUCGCGAUUUCGAGGGAUCAACAUGCCUCGUGAUCCCCUUCGGCCCCACGCACAACGCCGAGACUCUCUCCAAGGUUAUUCAAGACCGCACACAACUUGAUGUCAUUGUCCGCCCUGGACCCAAGAUCACGAGGGAGAGCUACACCUCCAAGAUUGGCAACCACGGUUCCAACGGCAAGUGCAAGCUUGCCAUCGUUGGUAUGGCCGGUCGUUUCCCCGACGCUGCCAGCCACGAGAAGCUGUGGGAGCUUCUCUCCAAGGGUCUUGACGUCCACAGAGUCGUCCCUGCUGACCGUUUCCCCGUUGCCACCCAUUACGACAUCACUGGAAAGGCUGUCAACACCAGUCACACCCAGUAUGGAUGCUGGAUUGAGAACCCCGGUUACUUCGACCCCAGGUUCUUCAAUAUGUCUCCCCGUGAGGCCUUCCAGACCGAUCCCAUGCAGCGUAUGGCUCUGACUACCGCCUACGAGGCUCUCGAGAUGUGCGGUUAUGUCCCCAACCGAACUCCCUCCACGAGACUGGACCGCAUUGGUACUUUCUACGGCCAGACUUCUGACGAUUGGCGUGAAAUCAACGCCGCCCAGGAAGUCGACACCUACUACAUCACUGGUGGUGUCCGCGCUUUCGGCCCCGGUCGUAUCAACUACCACUUCGGCUUCAGCGGCCCCAGUCUGAACAUUGACACGGCCUGCUCUUCCAGUGCUGCUGCCCUCAACGUUGCCUGCAACUCUCUGUGGCAGAAGGACUGCGAUACCGCCAUUGUUGGUGGUCUGUCUUGCAUGACGAACCCGGACAUUUUCGCCGGUCUUAGUCGUGGACAGUUCUUAUCCAAGACUGGACCCUGUGCAACCUUCGACAACGGUGCUGAUGGCUACUGCCGUGCCGAUGGCUGCGCUUCCGUCAUUGUCAAGCGCCUCGACGAUGCCAUCGCAGACAAGGACAAUGUUCUUGCUGUCAUUUUGGGUACUGCCACCAACCACUCUGCCGAUGCCAUCUCCAUCACCCACCCUCACGGCCCUACCCAAUCCAUCCUGUCGAGCUCUAUCCUCGACGAUGCUGGUGUCGACCCCCUUGAUGUUGACUACGUCGAGAUGCACGGUACCGGUACCCAGGCCGGUGACGGUACUGAGAUGGUUUCCGUCACCAACGUCUUCGCUCCUGCUGAUCGCAAGAGACCUGCUGACCGCCCUCUGUACCUUGGUGCUAUCAAGUCCAACGUUGGCCACGGAGAGGCUGCUUCGGGUGUUACCGCCCUUUGCAAGGUCUUGAUGAUGAUGCAAAAGAACGCCAUCCCGCCCCACGUCGGUAUCAAGAAGGAGAUCAACAAAACCUUCCCCAAGGAUCUUUCGGAGCGCAAUGUCAACAUUGCCUUCCACCUGACCCCCUUCAAGAGGAGAGACGGCAAGCCCAGACGUAUCUUUGUCAACAACUUCAGUGCCGCUGGUGGUAACACUGGCCUUCUGCUUGAGGAUGCCCCGCACCUACAGCCCGCUGAGGUCGACCCUCGCAAUGUCCAGGUCGUCACCGUCACUGGAAAGUCUAAGGCUGCUAUGAUCCGCAACGCUGAGAGACUUGUUGCUUGGAUGGAGCAGAACCCUCAGACUCCCCUGUCGCACGUGGCCUACACCACCACUGCUCGUCGCAUUCAGCACUACUGGCGCAUGAACGUGGCAGCUUCCGACUUGCCUGAUGCCCAGCGUCUCAUCAAGGAUAGACUCAAGGAGAACUUCACCCCCAUCUCCACCCAGCAGCCCAAGGUUGCCUUCAUGUUCACCGGCCAGGGCUCCCACUAUGCCGGUCUCGGCAAAGACUUGUACGCGAACUAUCGCGUGUUCCGUGAGAGCAUUGAUGAGUUCAACCAGCUCGCUCAGAUUCACGGCUUCCCCAGCUUCCUGCCUUUGAUUGACGGCAGUGAGCCUGAUGUCUCCAAGCUGUCCCCUGUCAUCGUUCAACUUGGUCUCUGCUGCUUUGAGAUGGCUCUCGCCCGCCUUUGGGCUUCCUGGGGCAUCCGCGCUGGUGCUGUCAUGGGUCACUCCCUCGGAGAGUACGCUGCUCUCAAUGCUGCUGGUGUCCUAUCUGCCAGUGACACCAUCUACCUUGUUGGAGCUCGCGCUCAGCUUCUUGUUCAGAAGUGCACCGCUGGUACCCACGCCAUGCUCGCUGUGACUGGCUCCGUCGACGCUGUGAUGGAGGCUCUUGGCUCCGAGGCCGAGUCUGUCAAUGUCGCCUGCAUCAACGGCCCCCGCGAGACCGUUCUCAGCGGUGCUUCUGCCAAGAUCAGCGAGAUCUCCUCGCACCUUGGCGCUGCUGGCUUCAAAUGCACCCAGCUCAAGGUGCCCUUCGCCUUCCACUCUGCUCAGGUCGAUGCCAUUCUCGAUGAUUUCGAGACUCUCGCUCGUUCUGUGAGCUUCGAGGUGCCUCAGAUCCCCAUCAUCUCUCCCCUCCUUGGAAAGAUUGUUGAGAAUGAGCCCAUCAACGCUGCCUACCUCCGCAACCACGCUCGUGACGCAGUUAACUUCCUCGGCGGCCUCGUCCACGCGCAGCAGUCUGGUACCAUUGACGAGAAGACUGUCUUCCUUGAGAUCGGCCCCCACCCCGUCCUGGCCAACUUUGUCAAGUCUUCUUUCGGCAUUAGCUCUGUGGCUGUUCCCACUCUCCGCCGCAACGAGUCUACCUACAAGGUUCUCAGCAACACCCUGUGCACUCUGCACACUGCUGGCCUCAACCUGGAUUGGGAUGAGUUCCACCGUGACUUCAGCGAUUGCACUCGCCUUCUCGAUAUUCCUACCUACUCCUUCGACGAGAAGAACUACUGGCUUCAGUACACCGGUGACUGGUGUCUCACCAAGAACCGCGGCCCUGCGGCUGUCAAGGCUCCACUGGAGAUUGAGGCGCCCAAGCCCAAGCUCUCUACUACCUCCGUUCACGGCAUCACCAACGAGGAUAUUAAGGGAGAUAUCGCCAUCAUUGAAACUGAGACCAACCUUUCUCGUCCUGACACCCGACCACUCGUCGAGGGCCACUUAUGCAAUGGAGCUCCUCUGUGCCCUUCCACCCUCUAUGCCGACAUGGCGAUGACCAUUGCGGACUACGCGUACAAGACGCUCCGCCCUGGCACUGAGAACAUUGGUUUGAACGUCGCUAACGUCGAGGUUCCCAAGACUCUCAUCUUCGACGAGAAGCUUGAUGCUCACAUCCUCCGCACCACCGUCACUGCAAAUGCCGCUCUUGGCUAUGCCGAUGUCAGCUUCCACACUGGCGAGGGAUCCAAGAAGGUUGAGCACGCGCACUGCAAGGUUGUUUACGGAAGCACUGAGCAGUGGGCUGAUGAGUUCGAGCGCGUCAACUACCUUAUCAAGGGCCGUGUUGAUGCUCUUGAAGAGGCUGAGCGACAAGGCAAGGCUUCCAAGAUUGGUCGUGGCUUGGCUUACAAGCUCUUCACCUCUCUGGUCGAUUAUGACCGCAAGUACCAGGGUAUGGAAGAAGUUAUCUUGGACAGCAAGACUUGCGAGGCUACUGCCAAGGUCACUUUCCAGACUACUGAGAAGGAUGGUGACUUCUUCUUCAACCCUUACUGGAUUGACAGCUGUUGUCACAUCUCUGGCUUCAUCAUCAACGGCACCGAUGCUGUUGACUCUCGCGAACAGGUCUACAUUUCUCACGGCUGGGGAUCUCUCAGGUUCACCGAGAAGCUUGACGCCAAGAAGUCUUACCGCUCUUACAUCCGCAUGCAGCCUGUCAAGGGCACUAAGAUGAUGGCCGGUGAUGCUUACGUCUUCGACGGAGAUCGUAUCGUCGGUGUUGCUGGCGAUGUCAAGUUCGCUGCCAUCCCCCGCAAGGUUCUGAACAUGGUUCUGCCUCCUCGCGGACGUGCCGCCGCCGGUGUUGCUGCCGCUCCUGCCGCCCCGGCCAAGGCUGCUCCUGUCAAGGCUGCUUCCAAGGAGAAGACUACCAAGGAGAAGGGUACCAAGCAAGUUACUGCCAACAACCUCAAGGCUGUCAACGCCAAGCUUGCCAAGCGAUCCGUUGUUCAAGAUGUCUUUGACAUCUUGGCUAAGGAAGUCGGCGUUACCCACGACGAACUAGCUGAUAACAUUGCCUUCACUGACUUGGGUUGUGACUCCUUGAUGGCUCUGACAGUUUCUGGCAGAAUGCGUGAGGAGCUCGACAUUGACAUCGACUCCCACGCUUUUGUUGAGCACCCAACGAUCGGUGCCUUCAAGGUUUUCCUCGCCCAAUUCGAGACUCCUGGUCGCAAGGACAGCUACGUCCAGGAUUCUGGCGACUCUAGCGGCUCAGUCUCUGAGACCCCUGAGCUUGAAUCUGACUCGAACGUGACCACCCCUUACGAGGAGAGCGACCGGUCGGUCAAGGGUGACGCCGAUGAGGAGGAGGCUUGUGAUGACCUUCAAAGCAUUCUUCGCGAGACCAUCGCUACCGAGAUGGGUGUUGAAGUCGAUGAGAUUGUCGCAGCUCCUGACCUGGCCGCCCUUGGCAUGGACUCGCUCAUGAGCUUGUCUAUUCUCGGUACCCUCCGUGAGAAGUCGGGCAUGGACAUUCCCAAUGAUCUGUUCGUCACCAACCCCUCUCUCCUGGAUGUUGAAAAGGCUCUGGGUGUUGGCCCGAAGCCAAAGCCUGCGCCUGCACCCAAGCCGGCGAAGGCUGCCCCCACUUCUCGCCGCGAGAAGGUUGAGCCUACGAAGGAGAUCAACACUCACCCCGGCAACACCACCGCUUCCAUCACUAAACCUCCCCCGCCCAAGAAGAUUAUUGACAACUACCCCCACCGCAAGGCUACUUCCAUCCUCCUUCAGGGCAGCACCCGCACCGCUACCAAGAACUUGUGGAUGGUUCCCGACGGCUCCGGAUGUGCUACCUCUUACACGGAGAUUAGCCAAAUCUCACCCGCUUGGGCUGUCUGGGGUCUCUUCUCCCCCUUCAUGAAGACUCCCGAGGAGUACAAUUGCGGUGUCUACGGCAUGGCUUCCAAGUUCAUCGAAGCCAUGAAGGCCAGACAAGCCAAAGGCCCCUACUCCUUGGCGGGUUGGUCUGCGGGUGGUGUCAUUGCCUACGAGAUCGUUAACCAGCUCACCAAGGCUGGCGAGACCGUCGACAACCUCAUCAUCAUUGACGCUCCCUGCCCUAUCACCAUUGAGCCUCUUCCCCGCAGCCUCCACGCCUGGUUCGCUUCCAUCGGUCUUCUAGGUGAGGGUGAUGACGAGAGUGCCAAGAAGAUCCCAUCCUGGCUCCUUCCUCAUUUCGCCGCAAGUGUCACUGCCCUUAGCAACUACACUGCGGAGCCCAUCCCCAAGGAGAAGUGUCCCAACGUCAUGGCCAUCUGGUGCGAGGACGGUGUCUGCCAUCUCCCUACUGACCCUCGCCCGGAUCCCUACCCCACGGGUCAUGCCCUCUUCCUUCUUGACAACAGGACGGACUUUGGUCCCAACCGCUGGGACGAGUACCUGGACAUUAACAAGUUCAGAACCAGACACAUGCCUGGUAACCAUUUCUCCAUGAUGCAUGGCGACUACGCCAAACAGCUUGGUACUUUUAUUCGCGAAGCAGUCUGCGAGUAA